AUGUCUAAGGUCGACACAUCCAAACAAGCGCAAGCAGUGCUUCAAGACUACGAGUAUUUCUUGUUUGACUGUGAUGGAGUGAUAUGGCUUGGGGCUCACGUCUUGCCAUUCGUAAGGGAGACUUUAUCGCUUUUAAGAAAUGCAAACAAGAAGAUCAUAUUCGUGACUAACAAUUCAACGAAAUCAAGGUCUGACUACGUGAAAAAAUUCCAAGAUAUGGGGAUCGAAGAUGUAAGAAAGGAUGAAAUAUUCGGCUCCUCCUUUGCGACAGCAGUUUAUAUCCAGCAAAUAUUGAAGCUUCCACAGAGUAAGAAGAUCUGGGUUCUCGGUGAAGAAGGAAUCGAAAAAGAACUUCAAGAGCUUGGAUAUGAAACGCUUGGAGGUUCAGAUACAUUUUACACGAAGGAUGGCGUGAACUUUGAUCCCAAUGAUGAGAGUCUCGCCCACCUAGAUGACGAAGUGGGCGCAGUUGUUGCCGGACUCACAUUUAACUUGAACUACUUGAAGCUUUCAAUUACGACGCAGUAUCUCCUCAAAGACAAUAAGUCAAUACCUUUCAUUGCAACUAACAUUGACUCGACGUUUCCUAUGCAAGGGAAGCUUUUGGUUGGAGCUGGGUCAAUCAUAAAUACUGUGGCUUAUGCAAGUGGACGUGAACCCGAUGCAGUUUGCGGCAAACCUAACCCUUCAAUGAUGGCGUCUAUCAUGGCGAGAAAUCCUGGGUUGAAAGCAAAUCCUCGGACUGGAAUAAUGAUUGGCGAUCGAUUGAACACGGAUAUGAAGUUUGGAAAGAGCAACGGCUUAGAUACUCUACUAGUCCUCACUGGUAUUGAAACAGAAGAAAAUGUUAAGAAUCUUAGAGAGGGCGAAAGUCCCACAUAUUACGCUGAUAAAUUAGGUGAUCUCUUCGAGCUCCUUCAAACCUCCGAGCAGUAG